UGUAGCCUGGGCUGUUCCCCCCCUCAGCAGGACCGGUGCGGCUCUGCCUUCUGCAGCCGCGGGAGGCUACUUCCGUUCCGCAGAGGGCGUCAGGCAGCAGCCAGCCUCGACUGUGGCGGAGGUCCAGACACAAUAACCCGGGUUGCAGCUCUUCUCCGUUCCUAACCGGAAUGUCGGAUGAGGAUUCUCGUGCCAGCACCAGCUCUUCCUCAUCUCCACCUUCCUCCAGCCAAAGCAGACAUCGGGACGCGCAGGGCAAGAAGAAACGGGAGAGCAAAGCCAGCAUGAGCAAGACCUCCAAGCUGCUUUCCACCAGCGCCAAAAGGAUUCAGAAAGAGCUGGCUGACAUUACACUGGACCCUCCCCCAAACUGCAGCGCUGGGCCGAAGGGAGACAACAUCUACGAGUGGAGGUCGACCAUCCUGGGACCACCGGGCUCAGUGUACGAGGGAGGGGUCUUCUUCCUGGACAUCGCCUUCACACCAGAUUACCCCUUCAAACCCCCAAAGGUAACGUUUCGCACGAGGAUCUAUCACUGCAACAUCAACAGUCAGGGAGUGAUCUGCCUGGACAUCCUGAAGGACAACUGGAGCCCCGCCCUCACCAUCUCCAAGGUGCUGCUGUCCAUCUGCUCGCUGCUCACAGACUGUAACCCAGCUGAUCCACUGGUGGGAAGCAUCGCCACGCAGUACACGACCAACAGAGCCGAACAUGACCGAACAGCCAAACAGUGGACAAAACGAUACGCCACAUAAACCCACAGGACACCGGUGGGGGGAGGAGGCGGGUCGGGGCGGGGGGUGUUCUGUGUUGUUUGUGACGGGGGUUAUUUUUAUCUCAUAUUUUUAGUACUUUGUGGGCUAUAUUUUUUGCUUCCUGGUUAAGUUAUCUCUGUGAACAUGCUAAUAAAGGAACACAAUGGAACCACU